CCGAAACUUCUUUGAGCCUCGCGUUUAUUCUUGCUGGGGCUGCUGAAUUCCCACCGUCAGCUAGCAGGAUGAAACAGGAUCUCAGACCUCCACGGGAUCCUCCCGCAAGCUUCUUGAUCUAGAACCCUUCAGGUUUGCUUGGCCUGGAGAAAUCACACUGUCAUUGGACACCCUAUGUCUAUUUUUGCGCUCACGGAAGUCUCCAAUAGACUGCAGCAGGAAUGGAGAGCUGCAAACUUGACAACUAACUACAGUAAUAAACAACACAUUCGGAUCUUCACGUGCCUUGCUACUUGUUACUGGGCUCAAUGAACAGGCCACAAUUCUUCCUGGCCUGCUCUGAAACUCUCGCACCUUCAAUCACAUCACUCAGCAAGCUACAUCCUUGUUGAGCCAAGUUUGCAUUAUUAACGGGCUCAGCUACCCCAGACCCAAGUUGACUGUUCCUCUUCUUCCGACAUCCAGAGAGUACCUCUAAUCUUUUCAGCUCGUGGGCCUGCACCAGUUCUCUUCCUGUAAAGGAACAAGCUUCUCUAAGCUUUGUUGUGGGGUUUAAAUAAGCUUGGUCGCGCAGCUUUUCGGCGUGCCGUGAUGAAGGGCAUUCUAAAUUUCCAGCGGCGACGACGUCGUUCUAAUUUUAAACCACCUCGCAGCCUCGAAGAAGCGGCAAAUAAUCCGAAUAGAAGCUUCAACAUCAUAGACCCAUACGCUCACACUACGCCCGACUCUCCUAACAGUGAAAGACCCUACAUCGAUCCUCUUACUUCACUAUGCCUUCGAAACUCAUGCUCGCUCCUUGUUCAGAAUGUUAAAUGCGGCAGAGGCAGCCAGAAUGAAACUAAUUCCGUGAACAAUACUUUAUCGAGCUCUAUCGAGUCGCGCCAACCUCAGCGCCAUUAUCACAGCACACCUCCUAUUUCUACAACAUAUCCAAAAAAUAUGUCCUCAAUAUCCUCUAUGGCUACCGAAAACGCCAAUAUAGCACACAUCAAUCGUCUAUCUACUUUGGCCGAAGAACCCACUAUUUAUAGAGAAGAAAGGAACGAUUCUGGGGUGACCAUGAGUGUCGGUAGCAAUGCUCAUGAGCAAAAGGAUACUCAGUACCGGCCAGCCACAGCCAGCGCCCUGAACCCAACCAGCCCAGUGAACUGGGAGCACUUUUCGCUUUCUAGAUCCAAAAACGCAAACAACAUCGACCCCUGGAACAAGUCCACUUCAUCUACAGAGGUUUCAGCAAUCACCGCACUUGGUCAUAGAUUAGGAGCUGAGCAGGCCACUGGACCAUCGCACGCGAACCCGGACGAGCCUCUCACAAACUUCAGGGACUCCCUCGAACAGCAGUUUGCCAUAGAUACUUCCAUUCCGUUCAACUUUAACAGCGAUGACUGCUCACCCCAUGAUGAGACUUGGUUCACACAUCACAGCACCUCCUCUUUUACCAACCCAUACGAAGCCCAAAACCGCGCCAGGCAGUCUCGUCUUUCGCUUUUCACCCUGUUCGGCGAACCAACCGAAGACACUCACUCGGCUGUGCCCAACAAACGUCAAAAUCUAUCCUUUGCUAAACGGUUUUCAGCGCACUUUUCCUGGAAAAGGUAUCCAAGAGGCUAGGGAACAAGGGAAUCAAGGGAGUUUCUGUGAUCGCUUCUCGUCAGUUUUUCGUAUUCCCUGGGGUCGGUUCUAUGGGUGACUAUAAUUAUUUUUUGUAACCUUCCCGCAGGACAGGCCUUUUCAAUUCGUCCUCAAUAUUUCUUCUUCCUUAGCACAUGUAAUUCUCUGGGUAAUUCUCUUCUGUUUUAAAUUUUAAAAGGUUGUCUUUUCUUUCAGUAUUUGCAUGUAUGUGUCCCAAGAGUACACAAGACCUUGCUUUGAUUGUAAUAUUGUUUGCAAAGCCUUGACAUGCACACCAUUUUCCUUAUACCCUCUUAACAUUUGCUUCUAUACGUGACUGUAAAAUAAGGAUAAUGCUCAGUUAAACACAGUUAAUUCCUCAUCGAU